CCUUGCCACGUCAUCACUCAUCAGAUAGAGCGCCGCGCUGCCUGCCUCUCCGAUCGCCGUGCAAUCGGAAUGGCGCUGCGGCCGCUGCUCCACCUCCUCCUCCCUUCGCCUCCCCACCGGAGCCCCACCCUCCCGCCGUCACCGCCUCCCUCCUCCUCUUCCACCACUCGCCGCACCGCCUCCGCCGCGCUCCUCCUCUUCGCCGCGGCCGCGGCCGCUCCGUCUCCGCGGCCCGCCCGCGCCGCCGACGAGGACGUCGACGAGGCCCGCGUCGUCCGCCUGUUCCAGGAGGCGUCGCCGUCGGUGGUGUUCAUCAAGGACCUCGUCAUCUCGGGGCCGCAGGUGCGCGGAGCCAGCGGGGAGGAGGAGGUCGACGAGGACGAGGGCGGCGCCAAGGUGGAGGGAACAGGGUCCGGGUUCGUGUGGGACUCCGCGGGCCACAUUGUAACAAAUUACCAUGUGGUUGCAAAACUAGCUGGGGAUGGAUCUGUGUUUCAUCGCUGCAAGGUGUUCCUGGAGGAUUCUAGUGGCAGAAGUUACUCCAAGGAAGGGAGCCUAAUAGGGUGUGAUCCAGCAUAUGAUCUUGCUGUACUGAAGGUAGAUGUUGACAGUGACAAGUUGAGGCCUGCUCUGAUUGGCACAUCACGGGAUUUGCGAGUUGGGCAAAGUUGUUUUGCCAUUGGGAACCCUUAUGGUUAUGAACACACUCUAACUACUGGGGUGGUUAGUGGAUUAGGGAGGGAGAUACCAUCUCCCAGUGGGAGAGCAAUUCGUGGGGCUAUACAGACAGAUGCUGCUAUAAAUGCCGGUAACUCAGGAGGUCCACUGAUUGACUCUUAUGGCCAUGUAAUUGGUGUUAAUACUGCUACAUUCACACGUAAAGGAUCUGGGAUCUCAUCUGGGGUGAACUUUGCCAUCCCCAUCGACACCGUCGUACAGUCAGUCCCCAACCUAAUUGUAUACGGGACCUCUGUGAGCAACAGCCAUGCAGGAAACAGUCCCAGAUUCCAGAGCGCAGGAAACAACCGUCACUGAGAAGGAAAGACACGACCCUGAUAGGGCACCUACCAUGCGGAAAACAUUUUAAGACAAAAACCCCUGGUGCACCAAGACGAAUCACUGCAGUACCUGAUUACAUAAUUAUUCUGCUUGGCCUGCAGUUUUUUUUUUGAACGAAAACAACACACGCAUAUCUUUAUAUUGAUAUAGCAGAGAGAUGCAAGAUUAUAUCUCUGGGAGG